UUUGCAGCAUUAACUGAGACCCGCCCAUCUUUUGAAAGCAGUCGAUCUCCUCGAUUUGAAAAGCUUCCAUCGCCAGCUAGCUGUCAUAAAUUGUGUGUCUAUAUAUAUAUAUAUAUAUAUAUAUACGAAGGGAAAGAGAAAAUGCAGCUAAUCCCAGGAAUUGCUCGGAAGGUAUCAGUGCCAUUGGUUGGGCUGUCUCUGUUGGGAUGGAUACUCUACAUUAUUGGCUUUGGAGCAGUCAACAAUGGACUGAACUACAAGACUGGACUGCAGUAUCCUCCUCCGUUCCCUGACUGUCCCAACAUCUCCUAUCUGGCCAUUUCCCCUCAGAGAGCUAGUCUCUAUUGGUUCCCUCACUGGGUGGUGGUCAUUGCAGGACCUUUCCUCUACACCAUCACCAUACUAAACCUUGUCUUUGCCAAGUGGUUCACUGGACUACCAACACUGAUCAUGACGUCCCUGUAUCUCGUGUGUGGAGGAGCUGUUGUCUACACUUGGGCAGUUGAACUGUUUGACACAAGUGCUCUAAUAGCAGUCUCUCGUUAUUGUCCCCCCUCUGGUUGGCUGACUAAUAUCCAGUGGGGACUGUGGCCACUUAUUGAGUGGGUGGGAGCUCUUUUAUCUGUCGUCUUCUUUACAUGCUACAUGAUCAUGUGGUCCUGGUACACUUCUCCUGAGCCAGUCUACUAUGAGGAGUAUGCAGAUGAGGAAGCUGAGUAUGAGGAGGAACAAGGUGAAGGAGAAUAUGAGGAGGAGGGGGACAAGGAGGUGGAGCCAGAGACAACAGUAGAAUAGAAUAAUAGACACAAACAUAACUAUGGGCUUCUCUAUAGAUACAGACUCUUUACACACAUCCUUUAUUUAUCUUUUUAUGGCAUGCACUAUAAUUAAACUUUUGUGAGAUCUUUUGUGAGAUCAUAAA